UCAAAUUUACCAAGGAUAUUGCGGUGCGGAAAAAUCUGUCAGAAAAAAAUUAUAAACAUGGCGGGUGGAGAAGUAGAACUCGCGCAAUCUGCUGCUCCAGGAGGAGAUACUAUAUUCGGGAAGAUACUGAGAAAAGAAAUCCCUGCUAAAUUCGUCUAUGAAGAUGACCAGUGUGUUGCCUUCCACGAUGUGAACCCACAAGCUCCGACCCACAUCCUAGUGAUACCGAGGAAGCCGAUAGCACAGCUGUCGAAGGCUGACAAUGGUGAUGAGCAACUGCUAGGGCACCUUCUAAAUGCAGCUCGCAAGGUAGCUGCCAAAGAAGGCUUGGACAAAUCUGGCUUCCGAUUGGUCAUCAAUGAUGGGAAGAAUGGUGCACAAAGUGUAUACCACCUGCAUAUUCACAUCCUGGGCGGAAGACAGAUGCACUGGCCUCCUGGCUAAUUGAUAUUUAAUAUUACCAAUAUAUAUAAAAUAUUAUGUUGAUUUAGAAAA